CAAACUCAGAAGGACCCUGGAUCAGGAAAACAAACAAGCAGGACUCUUCAGGCCAGCCUUCUUAAGCACUUGAUUUAGGUUUUGGAGGCUCACUGACACCAUGGCGCUGAGGCUCCCAGGAGCGGGGUCCUUCUCUCUCGUUGGAGUCCUAGUCCUGGUUUUGGCUCUCCCUGCUGAUGCUGGGCUCUCUCAGAAGCACGUUUCAGACGUCGUUGAUGACAGCAAAGAUAACAUCACCAUUUUCACCCGCAUCCUGGACAGGCUGUUGGAUGGGUACGACAACCGCCUGAGACCUGGGCUUGGAGACAGUGUAACCGAAGUCAAGACAGACAUUUACGUGACAAGUUUCGGCCCUGUCUCGGACACAGACAUGGAAUACACCAUUGAUGUCUUUUUCCGGCAGUCCUGGAGAGAUGAAAGGCUGAAGUUUGAUGGUCCCAUGAAAAUUCUUCCCCUGAACAACCUGCUGGCCAGCAAGAUCUGGACUCCUGACACCUUCUUCCACAACGGGAAGAAAUCUGUUGCCCACAACAUGACAACACCCAACAAGCUGCUGCGCCUGGUGGACAACGGCACCCUCCUGUACACCAUGAGGCUCACGAUCCACGCCGAGUGCCCCAUGCACCUCGAGGACUUCCCCAUGGACGUGCACGCCUGCCCGCUGAAAUUUGGGAGCUAUGCCUACACGAAGACAGAGGUGAUCUACACCUGGACACUGGGGAAGGAUAAAUCCGUGGAAGUGGCAAAGGGUGGAUCUCGCCUGAACCAGUACGACCUGCUGGGCCACGUCGUUGGGACAGAGAUGGUUCGAUCCAGCACAGGGGAGUACGUCGUCAUGACCACACACUUCCACCUCAAGAGGAAGAUUGGCUACUUCGUGAUCCAGACCUACCUGCCCUGCAUUAUGACUGUCAUCCUGUCCCAGGUCUCCUUCUGGCUUAACAGGGAAUCAGUUCCUGCCCGGACGGUUUUUGGUGUCACCACCGUGCUCACCAUGACCACACUAAGCAUCAGCGCAAGAAACUCGUUACCCAAAGUGGCGUACGCGACGGCCAUGGACUGGUUCAUAGCCGUCUGUUAUGCCUUUGUGUUUUCUGCGCUGAUCGAAUUCGCCACCGUCAACUACUUCACCAAGCGCAGCUGGGCCUGGGAUGGCAAGAAGGUGCUGGAGGCCCAAGAAAUGAAGAAAAAAGAGCCGGUGGCACUAGCGAAGAAAACCAACAACACCUACAACAUUGUUGGCACCACCUAUGCCCUCAACAUUGCCAAGGACCCCGGCCUGCCCACCAUCUCCAAGAGUGCUGCUGCCACUGCUACUGCCACCAACGUGCCCCCGAAGAUGCCCCGCCUGGAGGAGAAGCUCCUGGAGAGUAAGAAGACGUACAACAGCGUCAGCAAGGUAGACAAGAUGUCCCGCAUCGUCUUUCCGGUCCUCUUUGCCAUUUUCAACUUGGUCUACUGGGCCACGUAUGUAAACCGGGAGUCAGCUAUCAAAGGGAUGAUCCCCAAACAAUAAAACCAGUCACACAAACCUUCCAUCAGUGAGCAUCAUCCAAGCAGGAAUUCUCCAGGGCUUUCUUCUUUUCUCGUUUUGUUUAAUUAUUAUUGUUCAUUUGGUAUUAUUAUUAUUAUUAUUAUUAUUAUUAUUAUUAUUAUUAUUCCUAUUAGAUCACUCUUUUAUAAUGUAAACAAAACUGUGAUUUUAAUUUAAUCCCUAUAUACUUUAGUUUCGUUUACUUUGCCUCUGAUGAUGGGAGUUUAAAAAAAAAAAAAACAACAACAAAGGGAUCAUAACAAGUUGUGCCUCUAACAUCAUAAGUCUGCUGUCCCCCAAGUCACCCUGUGCUUCCAUCUCUCCUCUGCCACCUCCUGUGGUCCCCACAGUAUUCAUGCCACUGCCAUUCCACAUUUCACUGAUGUCCCCAGGGGCUGCUGCUCUGGGCCAUCUCCCCCUCCUCUCCUGCCAUGGACUGCCCUAGCAUGGGGGAUGCUCCUGGUGGCCUGGGCUCCAGGAUGUGUCAUCACUUGGCUGGGCUCCUUUCAGUGCCUGGCACUUUGUGUGAGGUGACACACCUGGGCUGGGAAUGCAGGUGAGCUGGUCACCUCUGGGACCAGGGGAGCCCUGGGACAGGAGGGAGAGGCGUGGCAUGGGCCAGCUUGUAGCCCAGUGCCUGCUGGGGGCAAACCUAGCACUGCUGUGGUCCCUGGAGCCAUUGCAGGGGUGGAACAGGGUGGCAGCAUCUUGUAGGUGGUGGACAGGACUUCUUGCUCUCUGUCUUCACCAAUCCCAGCUGCUGGUUUCCUCCAAGUCUCUCUCCAGACAGGAACAGGUGAGAAAGGUCUUGUCUGUCUGCCAUCCUGCACUCUUGGGGCAAUUCAGGUUAGCAGGUGGUGUGGUUCUUGCCAGAGAAAUAAUUUUUCUCAGGGUCAGUCAGGGAAUCAAGAGAGGAGCUUUACAAAGCCUUUGAGGUGAUAGUAGCUGUGAGGCUGCAUGAGUUCAGCAUCAGGACUGGAAACCAGAGAGUUCACAUUCAGGUGAGUGGUUUAUCGCUUUCUCUUGGCCCCAUCCACUUAUCCUUCUUGGCACCUCCUCUCUGUCCCAGCCCCUUCUUCCAGCUUCCCAUUCAUCUUCCUUUGGCUAUUCAGCAGUCCUUGGUAGUAUCUCAUUGCUCACACAUGGAUUUAGGCAGAGAAGCCCCUACCUCUCAGAUAAGCCACACUGAUGGGGAGGAGCACAGCCCAGGGCAGUGGGAUCAUGGUGCAUCCCUGCUCCAGUGCACCAGUGGCAGCGAUGCUGGGUCACAUCUGCCACGUGCAGGGUCCCUGUGGGACCCACCCCGGGCCAUCCUGCAGCCUGUGGGGAUGAGACAGGGGGCAGGUGAUCCCCGGGAGUCUCCCUGCCCCUGUGAACUGGUGCACCUGAGGAUCCUCAUCACCAUGGGAGAACAGCAGAAGGGGCUCUUGGAGACAGCAGGGUGGUCCUGCUGUCCUGCAGAGCCACGUGAGCCAAGUGCCAUCCCACAAAGCCACUGAGGUAAGACCCAACUCCAACACCUGCACACUCCUCCAGGGAAAGCCCUCCAGCACCUUGGAGAGGGGCUUUUUCUCCCUUCCUGACCACCACAGUAAAGGUCUAAAACCAGUGGUUGUCCCUUUCCCAGAAGCAGCACAAGAUGGUGGCAUCCAAGCCAUCUGUCCCUGCUCCCUGGCGCCUGGACCCAUGGACACACUGUCCUGCUACAAGGAAGGACAUCCUGUGCCUGGUGGUGUAUGAUCCCCAGCCCGUGGGCAGCACUGAUCCUGCCAGCAGUCCUGCUCCUGCAGUGGGAUUCACCCCCUCUCUCUUUGGACUUCCCUCUACCCCUCCAGUUGCCCCCCCCAGAGCUGCUCCCAACACAUUUUGGGCACAUGCAGCCAGGCCAAAGCCCCAGCACCCCCAAGGUGAUGCCUGCAGCACUGCUUUGAGCCGCUGUGCCGGGCUCAGCUUCCCUCCUGUCUGUGCAGGAGCUGGGCUGAGCACAAGGCACAGGAUUUGCCCCACCUGGAAUAUCCAUGGAGGCGGCAGGAUGGAGUGAGGAAGGCCAGGGCACUUUGUCCUGCAGUGUGAGUGGCAUUGGUGUGUGUCCUGCCUGUCCUUUACCAAUCUCACUGGCUCAACAGCAGUGCAGUCACUCCCCCUGCCCACAGCUGCAAUUUGGAGAGGAGCUCAGAGACAUUUAGCCUAGCCCCCAGUGUGGUGGGUCCACAAGCACCUCCACAGGCUAAUGCUGAGGAAACCAGCUCUCUCCCCAUCCUCCCUCACAGCAUCCACACCCCAAACCAUGACAUUUCCACAGUGCCUUUCAUCCCCAAGGGCUCCCCGCUGGGUGGGAAGCCCCAGGAGCUCUCCCCAUUUGCACAGAGCAUCAGAGAGGAGCAGAGGGAGGGUGCACUGUCCCCAGCCCUUCUGCCAGGCAGGGAGGGCAUCCUGGCUUCUUUGGCACCUGGUUCCUCCUGGCACGGGCCUCCUGCACGGCUGCAGCCACCCUGCUGCCACAGCCCUGGCCUCACCCUCUCACCCCCUCUCGUGCUCCCUCCACGCCAGUAGUGUCCCCUCUGCCACUGCUGCCACCCUUCUGCUCCCCAGGCUCCCCAGCAGGAAGGCCAUGCUGGCCCUGGUGCAGAGGUGGCCUCCUCUGCUAGCCUGGGCAUUCCCAAAAAUCCCUUCUACCCCAAGAGCCACAUCCUACCACGUGUUGUCUCGCUGUCUGUUGGUGCCUGCUUUGUAGAGGUCUCCAUAAAUUGUCAGGUCUUGCCAUCAGCUUCUCAGCAGCCCAAGCACCCACAGCGCUGCCUUUGCUGCCUGUCCAGGGCCAUGUGGGCUCAGUGCCACGGGGUGAUGCUCAGGGUGUCAGGGCUGGGUCUCUUUGCAGUGCUGAACACAGAACUGGGGCAGCCCCUGAGCUUCCUCCCUUCCAGUGGGUGAUCUGAUCUGUCUCACUGAACUGUCAGGGUGAUUCUCCUGCCUGUCUCUUCCCUCCCUGCGAUGCUGAGACUCUUGUCCCUCCCCAGGACACUGCCCGCCCAUCUGGCUUACCCGUGACACCCAUCUGCUGGCUCAUCUUUGCUCUUCCUGACUCCCAAAACUUUGCUCUCUGCCUGAUAAAAGGCCGCCUUCCUGUGUCUGUGUGAGCAUGCCUUGGAAGCCAAGCCUAUUCCCAACCAAAGCCUGGCAUGGGCUCUGAGUCUUUCUGCCAGCUGGAAGCAGAAACACCGGCAUCCUUUGGUUAAAGACAACAAACCAAACAGGAUUUCUAGUUUGGCUUCCAAGCAGGAAAGCAUUUCGGGAAGAUAGUUAUAAAUAAGUGGUUUAACAUCUCCUGCCAGCAGACAUCACAGAGGAGAUAAUGUUCUUUUUUUAUAAAACUGUCAGCAACUCAAAUUGGGACGUUUCCUUCCCAAUUAACACGAGGCUGUUGAUGGGGGCUUCUUCUAAGUGCUUGCCAGGCCAGAGCCAAUCUAGCAUCACUUACUGGGGUUUACUGCUUGCUGUGAUAGCAUCUAAGGGCUCCAUUUUUAUAAUUGAUCCUGUGUAGAAAUAUAUGUGUAUAUGACCACUGACAGUCUAAUCCACAGUUAUGCACAGUGGGCACAUCAUUUCGCUGUGAACCUCAAUACUCCAGUAUUUCUUUUCUUCUGGCAAGACCCAAAGCUUCCCUGACUUGAUGAGAGUCUCCCAGGCAGGAAUUAGAAGUCUUUGAGGGUCAUAAAAAUUAUCUGUUCAGUCUGGGCUCCUGUUUUGCAGCUUGCACCACCUGGGAAACACACAGUGCAGUCCAAGCCUGCAGUUGCAUUCCUGAUGGAAAUGUCAGAGGGACAUUUUGGCACUGGCAGCUCUUCCCUCCUCUGAAGCUGCCCAUGGGCACAGCAGUGUGGCUGUGAGGAACUCAGAGCCUCAGGGAGGUGGGGGCAGUUCCUCUGGGGUGCCCUCGAUGGGGAGGAGUUGCUGCCAGCUCCAUGUUUUGUUAGCAUGGAGAACAUUCCUGCAGGGUGACAUGAGAGGGCUGGGGAAAAGGUGGUCCCUCAGUGCCACCCAUCCUUCUAAGAGGCUGAUGAAGUUACCCACACAGAACACCUCAGAAGCUUCUGGAACAUCACCCAGCAGAACCAUGGCACCCAAGACAGAGCUUGCUGGUUCUCCUCUGUGCACUGAGCUCAGCAUAAGCAGAACUGGCCUUGCCACUCCCAGGGUUUUACAGACAAGUGCUGUGGCCAACACAGUCACUCUGUCCUGAUCCCUGCCAGCUCAGUGGCACUGUCAGGGUCCUGUGUGACACCCCCUGUGCAAGCAGACCCCAACUCUGCUGUUUCCAGACACCAGCCGUGCAUGUGAGCACCCUGUUCCUGCAAACCCAUCCUAUGGGCACGAGGUGCAUCCAUCCCUCACCUGCAGCCUUGAUGUGUCCUGUCCAUAUCUUGGAUCCCUUUCAGCCAUCUCUUGGGAAGGAUUAUAGGGCUGCAUCACACACCAGGAAGGGAUUUCCCCUGUUGCAGAUCACCUCACACGGGGAGACCCUCUGUCCAGCUAAGAAUAUCUCAGACCUCCAGAAACCUGGCGCUGUUGCCUCUUGCAGAGGAGAGAGGAGAGUUCUACAGCAGAGGGUGCUCUCCCAACAGGCUCACGUGGGGAAGGGUUUGUCAGGGAUGUGCCAGGGCCCCCCUUCCAUAUUCUUGGUCCUGGGGUUGGUGGAGAGCUGGCGUGGGGCCGUGGGGCUGGGUUGUCACAGCAUGCAGUGUCAGACCAGCCCCUCUUCCCCAGAUUGUGUCUCCCUGGGGCCACACUUUAACCCACCCCACCAGAUAUCUGUGUGGAUCUUGCAGAUUGGAGAGAAACAACAUUUCCAUGAGUCCUGUUGGGGGUGGGGAGGGCUUAACCAGGGCGAAGAGCUCAUUCAUGGAAAUAUAAAUGCUCUAUUAAUAUCAAAGUAGAGAGAAAAAAAAUCCAAACAAUUCACCAAUCCUCUUUCUACAUUAAGCUAAACUACUUCUGAAGGUCUUUUUGGCAAGAAGCCACAGCACAGAUGAGAUUGAUGGCUUCCAGGUAUAAAUAUUUACUGUUUGACCUUGUUAUUGUUCCAUCAGCCAAAGGUUUUUACAUAUAUAUGAGCGUGUGUAUAUUUAUGCUCACAAACUCUUUAUAUAUAAACAUCAAACCUCCUUGUCUUUGAAAGAUAAAAUGGCCACUUUCAAUUAUUUUACUUCCUUCUCAUUCCCUUUGCCUAAUCUUCUAGAAUGAGGUGCAUUCCUCUCUGCUGGUCCUCAGGUGGCUUUGGGAGGCACAGGGAACAAAGGGAGCAAGGGAGAAGAGCCUCUCCCUGCUCUGGGGGCUCGGUGCAGGUUUGCUGCCUGGACCAAGGGCACUGCUGGCAGCGCUGCCCAGCAUCUUUAUGGAAAAUUUAGUCCCUGAGGUCACAGCUGCUCCAACACAGGCCUUGUCCUGCCCUGGCCACCAGGAUGUUCCCAAGAUGGCUUUUCAACAGCUGAAUGCUACAAGCAAUUAGUCCUCCUCCCAUAGCAGCAUCAGGGAAUGUGCAGCCAAGCAUUGUGAACACGUGUGAGGUGUCCACCCUCAGCCUGCUUCAGGAGGGAGCACAAAACCUGGUGGGAUCCACUCCAGCUGUCCCCGGCCAGAUGAACACCAAAGGUAGGGGCUGUGCUUCACCUUGAUCUCUUCUGCACAGCACAGGGCAGUGCUGGCACUUGGCCACUGCUUGCUGCUCAUCCAGGUGGGCUGGGCUGAUACCUGACCAUGUGCUGAUGGUGGGAGGGUUCAGCAGAAGCACAGACUUUUGCUUCUGCUGUGUCCUGGGCCUGUACUCGAUCUCAGCACGAGCAGGGCCAUGGGCAGGUUCUGGGCAGCCCCUGAGUGGUGAGCGAGCAGGUACCCACUGUCUGCUCCCUCAGUGUCACCCCUGCCUCACCCCCUGGCUUAGGAGAAACAUUCAGGCAGUGAUGCUGCAGUUGCACUCGUGGCUCCUCUGUCCCCUCCCCUGCUGCUGGAGAGAGGCUGUUGUGGUCAGCCUGUGCCUUGUGGUGUCCCAGCCGGGAUAAUGAAGGAUGGAUCUGCCCCAGCUGGUUCUCGCUCUGGGUCUAUGCCUGCCUCCCACCACUGGAAUCUGUGCUGCUUUAACCAGGAGAGAGCCUUAGGCUUGGAUUAGUCCCAGUGUUGGACCUGUCAUCCUUCACCACCAACCAGCAUUUAUGUUGUUUUUCGCUCGUGAAGCUUUAGGACAAAACAUGAUGUUCUAGCUACUCUGUCCUAUUCCCACUGUCCCAGUGCAGAUCUCUUCUGCACAAAACUUUAACAAUCCCAUCUGCCUAGAGAGGGAAGCCUGGUCCCAGGUUUUCUGUGUGAGCCAGGAUGCUCCCACAGUCUUUGAAGGCUCUUGGCUCUUCUCUUCAGCGCUGCUUGAAGGACCUGUCAGCUUGAUGAGACCAUUGGCUCGUGUUACACUGCUAGCAGCACUCUGUUUCCCCUGAAAAGUCUGUCUAUACCUCCUGUCUUUUUGUAGGGCACCCAGCAAAUGUAACAGGAAUCAUACAUUGAAUCAUUUGAUUUUUGCAACCACAAAAAGGAGGGGCAGAGUUGGGAAACCUGAGUCGCUGCCACACUGCCUUUGCCAGGCUGCAUUUAGGGUUGAAGGUUCCUCUGUCACAAGGGAGUUUCUCAGCCCACCAGACCUGGUCAGGUGGCCACAAGUAUCCCUUCAUCAACUAGAUUUUCACUGUCAACUGACUUGGGGAUAGCUGCAGGCAGAUGUCCUGUCUGAAGGUGAGGCCACCAGCUGCUCCUUUAGCUGCAGCCCUGGUGCCCAGGGUUUGGAAAGUGGCAUUGGCAUCAUGCUGGGGCAGCCCAUCCUGGGAAGGAGCAAAUCACCAGAGAACAUGCCCAUCUCCACUGCCUCGGGUUCAGUCUGAGCCCCAGUACGUCCUCUGCUUUGUUUUCCAUCUUCUGAGACUCUCUUUACUCCACUAUGAGAUAGGAUCUAGCUGGCAGCAGUUUAAUGCAUGACAAUCCUGUUACUACAUCUGUAAAUAAUGAACAACUAGGAAAAAAAAAAGGCAUUUUUUAAAUUUUUUGUUGACUUUAUUUUCAUUAUUGACUAGCUAGUAGCCACUUUCUUAAGGGAUUUCUCAUGGAAACUGUGACCUUUCUUCUCUCUGUUUCUCUCUCUUUCCUUCUGAGGUUUGUGUUUCAGAUGCUUUUUGGUGCAAUGUUCAAUGCCUGUUUGUAUUUUUGAAUCGUAUUUUUCAACCUUUGCUGGAAAAAAAAAAUAAAAUUGCCCAUUCUAAUUGGCAGGAUUUUGAGUCCUGCCAUUUUUUUCAGCUUUUAGCUUUUUCACUAAGUUAAAGCAACAGAAAAAUGCCUCAAAAAAUUACAGUGAAGUUCUGAAGAGAGAUUAGAAAAGCAUCAGAAACAAGAACUAAAUGAAAAAGAUCAGCAAGCUGAGUGGAGGAGGAGGACUCUUCUGACACCUACUAACCUCCUGAUCUAACACACAAGGCGGGACUAGACCUCUUCACUGAAUUAAAUCACUCCGCUUUUCCACUCUACCCACUCUCUCGAACUCCAAUCAAAACAAAUAAAAAUUCAUAUUUUAAAAAAAAA